AGGAUUUUCUUAUGAUAAUAACUAUUAUUCUAGGUGUUUUUCCCGAUUUGUUGAAACCUUGUAGUUUAUCAAGAAGGUCAUGUUUGUUCAAACUUUCCUAAAUAGAAACCUAACCUCAUCCUCAAACAAGCUCAAACAGAAAAAAGGUGCAAGAGGAUGACAAUAAUUGACAAUGACAAUGCUCUAAACAAUGAUGUUUUGUGAUUAAUAAUUAGUCAUUAUUGCAUGUUUUUACGUAUAAACUCAACUAAAGUGAUUAAUUUAAAAAAAAACUGGAUUUGAUUCUCAGCACAUCAGCAGCCCCCGCUGAAUGACCCCACAGAAGCAAGCCAUAUGUAAUGUGGCAAUGGAAGAGCGCCAAUACAAAUCAGCCAAAAUGUAAUAGGCUACUUUUUAAACUAAUGGAUCUACCUACAAAAUGAAAAUAGUAUCAGAAUUCACUCGUGCAGGUCCUGCGGAGAUUCUGCGAGCUUCGCAGAAGGACGAUGUCUUGAGAGAAAAAAUUGAAAGUAGUCUAUAUGAUAUUCUACUUCAAGUCGGAGGUAAUAAAGCAUUGAUCAAGUACAGAAAUUCGUUGAGUGCUUUAAGUAAUCUAAUAUAUUUCGGUUCAACAACUCUGAGUGGUCUACAAACUCUGGGCGAGGAAUACACAGGAAUCCUUCAGUUCGAUUCCGAUAAUUCAAACAUACCGGCAUUGAAGAUGAGAAUUCUAAUGGUUCUCCUAAGCAGCUUUGGACAGAAGCUAGUCUUAACAGCUCUACAAAAAGUUGAAAACAGCGAUUGUUUGAAAAACGAUGGCGAACUCAGACCGGAAGCUCAGCUGCAAAUUUUAAGAGUCAUAACCUGGCUGAAACUAUUCAUUCCAAUUUUGGAGAGACUGCAUAAAGCUGUAUUCUACUGGUCUGGCUUCUAUGGCCAGUUUUCAAAACGGCUUACUGGAAUACAAUAUGUUCUUGUUCGACAAUGGCUGAAGGAUCGGAAAUCGUUGUACGGCUUCAAGAUUCUGAGCGUUGUUACGCUGGUGUACGCGGCGCUGUCGGGCGCCACCGAGUCGAUCAACUUUGCACAACUGUCGGCGGACGAGUUGCGCGCGCGCACUCAGCCGACGCAUUCGAAAGUGGUUCGGCCGCUGCGAGACUCAUGUCCGCUGUGCUUGGAGGAGCGGCACAGCUCCAGUGUGACGCCGUGCGGCCACCUGUUCUGCUGGCACUGCCUCAUCGAGUGGCUACACACUGAACAGCGGUGCCCCGUGUGUCGGGAGCCUGUGCAGCCAUGUCGCGUUGUGCCCCUACACAAUUAUCUGUGAUCAGUAAGAACUUAUUAUUUACUCUUAAAACCACGAUUGUAUCGUCGUGUAUUUGCCUGAUAAAGCGUAUUUGCCUGAAGUGAGGUCCACGUUAUAAUGCAGUAUUUGAUGAGCAUUGGUGUUGCUAUCCUUGUCUAUUAAGUAAUCAAUGUAACAUUCAACUCAAUCAUAACAAUAAAAUGAAUUUAUUAUAUUAAUUCAAAUUCUUUAUUCUGCCUGACAUUUUUUCAAUGUAUAAGCUCGUCAGAAGAAAAAAAAUACAGUGCACAUAAUAAGAUAAAUAACACAAUAUGAUGAAGAAUAACAAUAGCCCAGAGUUAUUGAUAGAUUAUAUCAUUAUAUUGAAAAAUCAUAUCAAUAUAAUAAUAUUUAAUAUUCAAUCAUUGUAAAAUAAUCAUUUGUAAAUAUUUGACAAAGCAUCCUUGCGCUAUCUUUUUCUAUUUCCGCAAUGUUGCCGGAUCUUUCUUCAACAAUUAAGAAAUAUAAUUAACAAGACAGAGAAUCGGCAACGCAUAAUUGAUUAUUUAAAACAAUAAUGAACAGUUGAUAUUACAUCAGAUAUACCAUUAUCAGCUAUCCUCUAUAGAAGGUUUUCACAAGACAGAAAAUUAGCAACGCAUAAUUGAUUAUUUUAAACAAGAAUGAACAGUAGUUGUUAUUGCAUCAGAUAUACCAUUAUCAGCUAUCCUCUAUAGAAGGCAGUGACAAAGCAGUGAAUCGGCAACGCUGUUCUCCUAUCUUUCUCCACUGCUAUUAUAACGUGGACCUCACUAUAGGUCUCAACUCAGUGAUUCGUUGUUAUGUAUAGCAUUGUUAGUAAAUACUGCUGGAAUAUUAUCCAUUAUUAAGUUAAUAAUUGAAGUAUAUUUGACUGGGGUUUUACGUAAUAGUUCGUUUUUAAGUAUAGCAUUGCUCACUAGUAAGUACUACUAGAAUAUUUUCAAGUUCAUAAUAAUUGAAGUGUAUUUGAUUGGGUUUUCAAGUGAUAAUUUGUUAUGUAUUGCUUUGUGAGCCUGUAAGUACGGUACUGCUUGAGUCGGGAAAUUUGUCCCUUCCUGGCUGAAGUGGUAGAGCAAAGUUUUUAUUUAGGCGAUAUAUCGUGUAAAAUGUAUCCCUAGUAGGUCUAUUAAGGCCUAGGUUAUAGUAGUUUCAUUUUUCAUACAGUAAAAGAAAAUAUUUUGUAUAUGAUAGUGAGAAUGGGAGUGCUUCGCUUAUCUAUUCAUUUAUUUACAUGAAACCAGUUUGGAAACAACAAGAAUAUUAUACGCCUGAAACUGAUUCCUUUACAAAUCGAUAUAGGCCCAUCUAGAGAAAAAAUCUUGAACAAUUUUAAAAUAUUCAAAUUGAAAAUUCAAUUUAAUAAUUUUAAUCGACCCAUUGACAUAUUGAAUUUCUUCCAGGAUGAAUUCAAAUAAAUUUAAUUGUUGCAACAUUACAGAUAAUGCAUAAAAAAGUCAAUUACAAACAAGUAAAGUGAAUAACAGCAUUGGCUGAAUAAAUAAUACCAAACAUGCAUUAACAAUUCAUUCUUAUUUUAUGGAGAUAUAUCAAACAAGUAAAGUAAUGCUCAUUCCUCUCUCAAGAACCAGUUUGUUCACUGAUGAAAAAUGUUUUAAUUUUAUCAAUCAUUUCUUACAUCACAGAUUGGUUUGGGUGUUCGAACAUAUUUAUAUUUAUCUAAUUUAUAAUAAACUAAUCUGAUCAAUCAAUCAUUCAUCAAUAAUUCAAUACAAUGAUCUACAAUAAUAUUACAAUCUGAAAAAUGAAAACUAAGCUAAGCUUGUACUAAUUUUCCUCUUGGAACGCAGUGGUGUGCACAAGCCAUUAUACUGAACCUAAAGUCUGUUUAUGAAUCUUCAUUACUUGAAGCCAACCAAAACGAAACACUCAGCUCUAGAUUUCCGCUUAACCAGCAAAAUCCACCACUGGGCAUUCCCGUUCCAGUACCGAAUGAUCGGGUUCCUGCCCGUAUCUCUUACAGGCCCCACAGACAGCGUCCUUAGUUUUAUGCUGGCAGUCCUUGAAAUUGUGUUCUCCCGCACAAUGGCUACAAACAAGCUUCUCUCUACAAUAUUUGGCCACAUGUCCAUAGGCCUGACACUUAUAGCAUCUGGCCACAUCUGCGUAAUCCUCCACCCUACAAGAAUUCCAAUCGAUACAAACCACUGGUUCUCAACCCUUUUUUUGGUUAUCGCUCCCUUCAAGUAUGAUACAUUUGCCAACGCCCCCUUCACCUAUUUUACAAUAGGGGCAUAUCAUUGCAACUUUCUGGUGGUUUUUUUAUAACAGGAAUCAAAAUUAAAUAUUAUGUGUAGUAAAGGUGAUAUUGUGAUAGGUAUCCACAUUGAAUAAAAAGACUAGAAAAGCCUCAACCACAUAUUUAUUAAAUAAAUAAUAUGAGAUGAUCUCUUAAUUAUACUGUGUUAUCGAAUGAUCAUUAUUAUUUUAUUAGAUUUGUCGUCAUUUAAUAAUCUUGUUGUUCUGAGAAUUCCUAGUCUAUUAAUUCAAUAAAAGUUGAAAAAAACUGUAAAAUCAGAAUUUUCACAAAAAUCGUUUCAAUUUGUGAAAAACAACAAAGUCAUUAUAUAUUUUAAUAAAUUAUGUAUAUAAAUACAAUUACAUACCAUGAUUGAAAAAUGUGAUAAUUCCAAUGAGAUGGUUGGGCUUGGUGGGUUUGAGCUAAUUUCUUCACAUUUGGCUCAAUCCUUGUCAGAUUUAGGCGCAAGUCUCCCCUAUCUGUGAUUUGUAGCCGGUUCCUUUUCUUUGUUAUCAAGUUAGCAACGGCACUGAAACCUCUUUCAACGAGGUAUGAUGAGGGAAACCCAAUGAAAAAGUUUCUAGUGGUAGCCCAAACUCUAGGGUAGAGACGGGGAAUGCUAGGCUGGAUCCAGAAUUGUGUCAGCUGCUGUCCUCCAUCAAAUGUCGCUUUUAGUUGCUAAUUUGAAGAUAAUUCAACAAGUUCCUCUUGAAUUUCAAUGUCAUCAUUACCAUCAGAGCUUUGAAAAGGAUUCACAACCCAUCUCGGGAUUUCCAUCAAUAAAAUAUCUUCAAAACGCUUAGAAAAUUUUUUUCCAAUGACUCAAGGUGUUGACAAUAUAGCUGUGUGUCUUCAAAAGAAAUUUCUAUCUCUUGGUUUACAGCUGCUAGAAUAGGGAACUGGCUAAAACACGGCGUAUAAAGUUUUGUUUCCACAGAGUAAGCUUUUUCAAAAAAGCAGAUAUCACUGAUUUUGUAGCUAUCAUGUUCAGAUCAUCACCUUGCAGUUGCAAAUUGAUUUGAUUGAAUUUAGGAAAUAAAUCAGUUAUGUAGGCAACAUCAGUUUUGAAUUGCUUGAGAUUGUUUUUCGAAAGCAAGUCUCGCUCUUCAAGGAAUUGAAUUACAGAAUCAAAGAGAUCCCAGAAUUUAUUCAGACAGGCACCCUUUGAUAGCCACCUCACUUCUGUGUGAAGAAUUAAGUGGUUGAAUUCUUCAUCAUUUUCACUGCACAUCUGCCGGAACAGUCGAUCAUUGAGAGCGCUGCUACGAAUUCUAUUGACUGCUGAAAUGACAUACAACAGUGACUGGUGCAAACGUGCAUUGAGGUUCAUGGCAACUAAAUGUUGCCGGUGAAUAACGCAGUGAACAGCAAUAAUACCAGGUACCUCUUUUUCCAAAAAAGCAAUGAACCCACGGUGAUGACCAACCAUUUUGACGACCCCAUCAGUUGCAACAGAUAGAAUGUUUUUAAGAGUUUUUUUUCUUCAAAAUAUGAUUUUGUUACUUUAAAAAUGGAUUCACCUGUAGUGUCUGUUGUCAAUUUUUUUUGCAAAUAGCAUCUCUUGUUGGACAUUCCUAUCAUUUGCAAAACGAACAUAUAUGCUAAUAGUAAAGCUUCAUUUCCGGGUAAGGUACUUUCAUCAAUUUGUAAAGAGAAUUCAGUCACUCGUAAAAUUUCACAUAAAGUUGUUUCAACAUCAUUAGACAGACAUUUCAUCAAUUCGUCGACGUACUGAAUCAUUACUCAAUGGAACUUUUUAAUAACAGUUGCAGCAGAAGAAGCUGAAUGGUGUAAAACCGUCUCUAAAAUAACUUUCACAGAUGGCAAGAUCAAUUCCUCUCCAAUUGUAUGGCUUUUUCCAGCUUUUGCAAUAAUUUUUGCAAGAUUAUAAGAUGCAAUUAAGCCAUCAUUGCAUUUUGUUGUUGUCAUAGCAAAAGUAGAAACUGAUGGUGAUUUCUGCAACUUCUCCCUCAGAUUAGAAAAAAAUGACAAAUCCUUAUUUUGUUUGUCAGGAUGCAUUCUUUGCAAGUGGUCUUGCAAACAAGAAGGUUUCAUAGCUUCAUUACAUAGCACUUUGUUACAAACCAAACACAUGGGAAGUUGAAGGUGAUACGACGAAACCAUAUUUCAAAUACGAGGUAUUAUACUGGCGGCACUUCUUUUUAUUAUCCGAAAUUUUCACGAUUUUAUCAGAGACAAUCAUAUAAACAUAACUUACGCUUAUCCUUUCUCUAUGAUUUAGAUUUUAUACUAACAAUGCCACUUUCUGGUUAGUUUGUGGAACAUAAAAAUAACUAUUAAUUACAGCAAAACGACACUUACUGCGCAUGCUCGGUGGUUUUGCAUUCCUAUGUACAGACGAUCUUGGAGAGCUACGCGUGUCUCGCUGUAGGAUUGUUCCUCUAGUAUACAGGAGUAUGCGCAUGCGCCGGUAACGUAUUUGUUAGAGCAGUUCCGUUCACUUUGAUAACUGUUACUGAGCUGUGACUGGCAUUAAAGUUAUAUCGCCCCCGUUAAGAACCACUGGUCUAUAUAAUACACUCAUAUUUACAUUUCACGAAACGUUUGCACGCACUGUGCAUAUCACGGAACGUAAUGCACGGUCUGACUUUGACCACAGUAGCGGCAGCAGCAGCAGUGAGCCCGGCUGCAGCUCAGCAGCUCCGCCCGGGCGGCCCGGGGAGGGGGAGGAAUAGAGCUCACCCAGCCAACUUCACUGGAAGGAGCGGGGAGAAGAGGUGGAAGCACAAUAACCAAAAUGAAACACUCAGCUCUAGAUUUCCGCUUAACCAGCAAAAUCCACCACUGGGCAUUCCUGAUCCAGUACCGAAUGAUCGUGUUUCUGCCCGUAUCUCUCACAGGCCCCACAGACAGCGUCCAGUUUUUUGUUGGCAGUCCUUGAAAUUGUUUUCUCCCGCACAAUGGCUACAUACAAGCUUCUCUCUUCAAUAUUUGGCCCCAUGCCCAUAAGCCUGACACUUAUAGCAUCUGGCCACAUCUGCGUAAUCCUUCUAAAUAAAUUGGGCUAUAUAAAAUUAGCAGAAUAAAUCAUCUGUUUCACUCACUAUUUAUGUACUCCCAUAAAAUGUAUUGAAGCAAGCAAGCAACCACUUUUGCGUAUAAUAAUUUCUGCAACCACUUUUUGAAAAAUUUUAUUUCCGAAUUCACUAAUUUUUAUUUUUACCACUUUGACUUUUUUACUAUUAUUACUACAUUUAGCUGCAAAAUAAAUUGAAUGUUCCAAUAUUUACACAUUAUUAUUUACAGUUCAAAAUUAUAACUUCAAUACUUCUUCUUUGUGUGAAAGUCCUCAAAGCAUGGAACCACACACAAUCCAACAUCACAAGGAGUGCAUUGGUAUCUGGACUCUCUUCGUUUUCCUUUUGAGGCACAAACUGUACAUCUCCUUGAAGCAUUAGCUUUUUUCUCUGUAGCUGUGACAAUUUUUGGGAAAUGCCUCUCUCGCAGUCGAAGGGGAUCCUCUUCUGCAGAUGGUCUGCCUUUCUUUGGCUUUUCUAAAAAAUGUUUCUCAACAAUACUCUCGAACAGACUCUCUCUGAACUGAAGAGGACUGAAAGUGCCUCCACAUUUUUCAUGAAUAACAUGUGCAUUGUGAAUGCACAUGUUGAGUAAAUGUCUGAAUUGCUUCUUGUACCAAAUCUUCUGUCUCUUUCUCUCCAUGGGGUAAGCACUCAACAUUUGGUCAACUCGAUCAACACCACCCAUAAAAAUGUUAUAGUCAUGAAUAACAUUUGGAACUUGGACUUCCUUUCCUCUUCUAACAACAUCCACAAAGCCCAACUGGUGAUGUGUAGACAAGCACAAGACAUCACGCUUAUCCUGCCAUUUCAAAAGGAGCAUGGUGCCUUCUUCCUCACACAAUGCAGCCGUUUCACCCCUAGCCAACUUCUUCUUUACAAAUUCUUUUGGAACUCCUUUCCUAUUUUUUCUAACAGUGCCCACUAAGUCAGUGUCCAUUCUCUUCAGUGCAAUAGCUAGUUCAGGGCUGUAAUAGAAAUUAUCAGUGUACACACAGUAGCCCAUGUUUAGAAGGUGGUUCAUGAGGGUCAAAACCACAUUGCUUGCAUGUCCAAAUCUCGGAUCAUUGGUAAUUUCUGUUUCUCCUCCAGUGUAGACUAUUAUUUUGUGUAUGUAGUCAGUUUUUGAUUCAGAGAGGAUGUAUGAUUUGAUUCCGAAACGUGAACGCUUUAUCCUGAUGAACUGCAUGAAACUCAAUCGUCCCUUCCACAACAAUAGACUCUCGUCGAUAGCAUCCUCUCGUUCUGGGGUAUACACUGCAGUGAAUCUAUUUACAAAGUAGUCCAAAAUUGGCUUUAUCUUAUACAGUUUCUUGUGUUGCCUUGGUUGUUGCUCAUUGUCAGCAAAGUGAAGAAAACGGGAAAGCAGCUUUAGUCUUUUGUUGGAAAGGAUAGCAGAAAACCCAGGUGUGGAAAAGAGUGGUUUUGUAGUGUAGUAAUUGUCUAGCUGUGGCUUCCAAAUUAUCCCACUCAUCAGAUAAAUAGCAAAAAGAAGAAAUAUUUCACUCCUAUUAGUUGGUUUCCACUGGUGAAAUCUAGAAAACUGUUCAAUACUCUGAACUCCAGGAAAUAGUUUGCAUAUUUAUUUGUUUGUUCCACUAUCUGAUCUAUAAGUUCAUCAGUAACAAAAAGUUGGAAAAUUUCAAGAGCAUCCAUGGGAUUAUUUACCGGUACUUUCAAUCCUGGAUUACCUGUGAACUGACUAGGUUGACAAUAAUUAGUUGCUUCAUCAUAUUGUUUCCAAUUUACAUUCACAGCUUGCACUUGUCUAACUUGUCUUCCUUGUCUUGCGACUUGAACUGGUGGUGCAGGAACAUUUUUAAUCUCAACUUCAUCUUCAUCAUCACUAUAACCUAAAAAGUCACUAUCACUAUCCGAUUCACUGUCCAAAUCACUUAGUAGCUGAGCGAUAUCAUCAUCUUCAAUAUUAUACUCCUGAUUCCCAUGAGAAGUACUUGCCAUUUUAUUUACAAUUAUGUACAGUUUUAUAAAACUAAUAACAUUAUACAAGAUAACUUUAUCUGAAUUCAAUGCUACGCAAACAACUGACAAAACUGACCAUAACAAACAUCAAACAACAAGUCUAUGAAACUACAGAUGACAGAUCUGUUCACCUUCCAACUCCAACAAUAUACACAAGUUGCACUACGAUGGUAAAACACAUAGAGAGGCACUAUAAUCAGCUGGAUAACACUUUCAUUGCUUGAAACGGUGAAGAAAUGAACUAAAGAUUGUAGAGGCAUCAGUUUUAGACGGAUAAAUCCGACACUGAACGUUUAAAAGAAGGACAAAGUCGGCGACGGAUAUAUACGUCAGGGGAAAUUUUUCAGCCACCUACUGCUGACUGAUAUAUACGUCAAAGACACACAAGGGCUUAACCUUCUUGAAUCCUCUAGAGAAAUCAUCGUUCGAGAUUCGUCCAUCGUGAUUCUACUUCAAGAGGCUCUCUAUGACUUCUUCAUCAGUCUUAUCACCAGGAACGUCAUAUAUCAUUACUUUUGGGAGCGCUUUCUUCUCUGGCCCUGA